UCCCACUCGGCCAAUUUUCGCUCACUCCGUCAGAGUUCUCGCCGGACAACCUACCUCUCGUUUGUUCCACUUAUAUUUUCUAGAUCCUUAGUUGAUCUAUUCCAACUUUUCGAUGGUGAACGCCGUGAAAGUCUUCAAGAAAACUGCCCCCAAUGGGAAGACCACAGUGUACCUCGGUCGCCGGGACUUCGUGGAUACAACCAUCAAGACUGAGCCCAUUGAUGGCGUAGUAGUGAUUGAUGAUGACUACCUCCGGGGCCGCAGGGUUUACGCCUCCGUUACAGUCACGUACCGUUUCGGCCGCGAGGAGGACGAGGUUAUGGGACUGCACUUCAGCAAAGAAUUUCAGCUCGCAUGCCAGGAGAUCUACUCAAAACCUAUGGAAACAAAACUGACCGACGUACAGGAUAGACUCCUCAAGAAACUAGGUCACAAUGCCUAUCCCUUCGCCGUUACCCUGCCUGAAAACGCUCCUUGUUCCGUCCAACUCCACCCCGGCUCUGAAGAAUCAACAAAGCCCCUGGGAGUAAUCUAUGAGCUGAAAGUCUUCGUUGCCGACAAUCCUGAAGAAAAGCCCCACAGACGUAACUCCGUUACUCUGGCCAUCAGGAAAGUUCAAUACUCCUCUGCUGACCGCUUUACUCGGCAACCUAGCACCCUUGCCUCCAAGGGCUUUACCUUCUCUUCCGGGAAACUGAACGUGGAGGUGAGCUUAGACAAGGAGUUGUUCUACCAUGGGGAACAAGUCACUCCCAAGGUACUCAUCAGCAACAACAGCAAGAAAUCAGUAAAAUCAAUGAAAUGUUCCAUAGUACAGCACAUCGAAGUCACCAUGAUCAAUGGCCAGAUGACCCGUGAGGUAGCCUCGCUGGAGACCAAAGAAGGUUGUCCACUGCAACCAGGUGAUCACUACCAGAAGACCUUCUACAUUACUCCCCUCGCAGCUAAUAUGAGCAAGUUUGGCAUAGCUCUUGAUGGCAGGACUAAGGACACCGACGCCAACUUGGCCUCCUCUACAGUACUAAAAGAGGGCAGCAACCCCAACGAUGCUCUGGGUAUCGUUGUAUCCUACAGUGUCAGAGUACGGCUGAAUUGUGGUGCCCUGGCUGGCGACCUGGUGGCUGACUUGCCCUUCAAACUCAUGCAUCCAGGCCCGAGUUCUCUACAGUCCAAGGCUGAUGACAUUGAAUUCGAGGAUUUCGCUCGUCUGCGCCGUGGAAAGAGUGUAGACAACCAGCUUUAAAUUCUUCUAAAGCGACUCUAGUCACAUCUUUGUCUUCCCACUGGCAUCUAUUUUAGGCAGUCACUGUGCCACAUCGAACAGUCUAUCUUCCCUUGGCCUUGCCAACACCUCGUUCACCACUGUAGUCAACCUCAUCGAACGAACGAAAACGAAAUCGAUAUUCGCUCCUCUAACCAUCCUUGCAGUUAAUCACUAGUAAAGCAUGUCGUGACCAAAUACCAUUUAAAAUAUGCAUUGAGAGGUGUUAGUAAUUCUUUUAAACUUGCCACUUCUACAUAGCUAUUAACUCUUCAACCUCUGUCGAAGGCUUGGUAAAAAUUAAACAGAUUGACAACACAGUUAACAUGCUGGAGUGUAUAUCAUACCUGGUAGGCAGAGUAUCAAGAAGAGCGUGGGUGAAACAUCGAGAUGCCUGGAAUUAAGAAUACGACAACAUAAAUAUGCAUGUCACUGUGGCGACCAGAACGUGUCCACAACAUCAUAGUGCACAGGGCCACCUCAUGAAAUGGCGAGAAACCAAGCCAGUAAUUCGAGAAAAUGGCCUGUGUGACGUAAGUAUUUAGAAGCUGACAUGACAGCUGUCACCAUCUCCACAAAAAUCCGGUAGCUACAGUAUUUUCAAGAUCUUGGUAAACCAGCUGUCCAACCUGAAUAUUGCAGCUACAUGACACCAACCAGAGAGGUCACAACUACUGUCUCUGGUUAUUCAUGUAUAUUUAAUCUCCGCUUCUUAAUUUGCUCCUUUUCACCUGAUUCCUUGUACUAUAUACAGUACACUGCUUGUUUCAGUAGUCUCUAUGUUAAGACAGAAGCCGCUCGUGGUGAAACAUUUCUUCAUUAAAUGUUUUAAACUGCAUAAGUGUCUUUAUCCAUACUAAGAGAUUACUUUAACUCCUGUGUAAGUCAUUAAGAUAUAUUUAAUGGAUAGUAACUAAGUGGAUUACAGCUUUAAUUACUUCAAAGCAACUGAUAAGCAUCGUAACGCGUUGAUAAAGACCUUAACUCCACUGCUCUGUAUUUGGUCAUGAUUAGUGAACCUUUGACCUAAAUGUACAACUUUAAAAAAUAACAUUAGUGCUGAGCAGUGAAACACUUCUUGAUUCAAUAUUAUCCGUAAAAACCUACGAUGAGAUUAGUAGUGUGAAUUUAAAUUUAAAUAAACAUUCCGGCCUUUAGAGUAUUAUCCAGUCGUCACAUAACCUCCACAGUAAAGAAUCUUACGGUAAUAUCUUGGAAUUCUUUCAAAGGAGAGGUGGUGAGGUACCACUGAUACACAGACCUGGUCGUCAGGAUCCUCAUCAACUACUCUUCUCUUAUUUGGCUUAGAUCUAUAAACCAUUCAGUAGUGUUUGAAUGUUUACACGAUAUUCUUAGCGAUAAUUCAGUUUGGUACUAAAUACUCCUAUACUAUUUAUCUUAUUGUUAAACACCAGUAUAAAUAUAUGACAUCAAAAUUU